CACCAUGUCCUUCCCCCAGCUCGGAUACCAGUACAUCCGCCCGCUCUACCCACCCGAGCGCCCGGGGGCCGCCGCCGGCGGUGGCAGCGCUGGGGCCCGGGGCGGCCCGGGAGCCGGAGCCUCAGAGCUGGCUGCCUCGGGGUCCCUGUCCAACGUACUCUCAUCCGUGUACGGGGCGCCCUACGCCGCGGCGGCAGCGGCAGCCGCAGCCGCCCAAGGCUACGGCGCCUUCCUGCCCUACGCGGCCGAGCUGCCCAUCUUCCCGCAGCUGGGCACGCAGUAUGAGCUGAAGGACAGCCCGGGGGUGCAGCAUCCGGCCGUGGCCACCGCGUUUCCUCACCCGCACCCCGCCUUCUACCCGUACGGCCAGUAUCAGUUCGGGGACCCGUCCCGUCCCAAGAACGCCACCCGGGAGAGCACUAGCACGCUCAAGGCCUGGCUCAACGAGCACCGCAAGAACCCCUACCCCACCAAGGGCGAGAAGAUCAUGCUGGCCAUCAUCACCAAGAUGACUCUCACUCAGGUGUCCACCUGGUUCGCCAACGCGCGCCGGCGCCUCAAGAAAGAGAACAAGAUGACUUGGGCGCCCCGCAGCCGCACGGACGAGGAGGGCAACGCUUACGGGAGCGAGCGAGAGGAGGAAGACGAGGAGGAGGAUGAAGAAGACAGCAAACGCGAACUGGAGCUGGAGGAGGAGGAGCUCGGGGGAGAGGAGGAGGACACCGGGGGCGAGGGCCUGGCUGACGACGAUGAGGACGAGGAGAUCGAUUUGGAGAACUUAGACGGCGCGGCCGCGGGGCCCGAGCUGGCCCUGACUGGCGCGGCGCACAGGGACGGCGACCUCGGCCUGGAACCCAUCUCAGACUCCAAGAAUAGCGACUCCGACGACAGUUCCGAGGGCUUGGAGGAGCGUCCACUGCCUGUCCUGAGUCUGGCCCCAGUGCCACCGCCGGUGGCCGCGACUCCGCCAUCACCGCCCUCGCCCUCAGCGGGCCUGGACCCCUGCGCUCCCGCACCAGCGCCCGCCUCGGCCCUGCAAAAACCCAAGAUCUGGUCCCUGGCCGAGACGGCCACAAGCCCGGACAACCCGCGCCGCUCGCCUCCGGGCGCGGGGGGUUCUCCCCCCGGGGCAGCCGUCGCGCCCCCAGCCCUGCAGCUCUCUCCGGCCGCCGCCGCCGCCGCGGCUCAGAGACUCGUCUCGGCGCCGCUGGGCAAGUUCUCCGCUUGGACCAACCGGCCGUUCCCAGGCCCGCCGCCCGGCCCACGCCCGCACCCGCACCCGCUCUCCCUGCUGGGCUCGGCCCCUCCACACCUGCUGGGACUUCCCGGAGCCGCGGGCCACCCGGCCGCCGCCGCCGCCGCCUUCGCUCGGCCGGCGGAGCCUGAGGGCGGAACAGAUCGUUGUAGUGCCUUGGAAGUGGAGAAAAAGUUACUCAAGACAGCUUUCCAGCCCGUGCCCAGGCGGCCCCAGAACCACCUGGACGCCGCUCUGGUCUUAUCGGCUCUCUCCUCAUCCUAGUUCUUUUUAAAAAAAAAAAAUUUUUUUUUAAUCGUUGUAAUAAUUGUAAAAAAAAAAAAAUCGCUCUGUAUAGUUAUGACUUGUAAGCAUGUCCGUGUAUGAAUACCUAAAAAGAAAACGAAACAAAAAAAGAAAAAGAAAUAAAACAAAUCCCCCCUCAGUCCUCCCCCGGUGGCUUCUGUACCCCACAUUAGCUGAGUUUGUGAGGUUUGUUUGUUCGGUUGAUUUUGGGGGGGGUGGAGUUUCAGUGAGAAUAAGCGUGUUUGACUUUUUUUGUAUAUACAGAAAAAUGUACAUAUGUGUGAACCAAAUUGUACAAGAAAGUAUCUAUUUUUGGCUAAAUAAAUGAGCUGU